GCUUUAGGAAUUCUAUCCAAGCUUACCUCCAUAGUCAUGGAUGAGGGCAAUGAGUGAAGCCUUGUGUGGAGGUGCAGAUCAGCAAUGUCCAGUGUGCUGGAAUUUGCUGUGCGAGCCGGUUGCAUGGCCCGAAUGUGCACAUCAUUUUUGCUUAAUGUGUGCUUUGCAAACACGUCGGCGUCCAAAGCCUGUGUGCCCGCUCUGUCGAGCACCAGCAAGGCAAGUUCGACAAGCAGCUGAACUAGAGGUCAGUACAAGUAAGGCAUCAAGCAUCCGCAAGGCAGUGGGGUAUUCCUCCUACCAAGCUCAGCGCAGAGAGACAUGGGCUCAAGUGGUAGAGCUUGAUGCAGCAGGAGGGCUCGGCGGUCCACUUGCUUUGGUUGCUGGGCGGAGCGAGGUUUGGCAGCGACUACGACUCGGCUCGCAGCAGGAGGUCAUGAUGGAGCCAAAGUAUGCUGAACUGCUAGAAUGGUCACGGAAGAGCAAGGGUGGAUGUUUUGCAGUUGUUCUUCAGCCGGCGGACUUCGAAGUGGGUGCCAAAGGACGCGUUUGUCACAUUGUGGACCUUGACCUCAACCAAGCUCCUGAGGAUCGGCGGGUUGUUGUUGAGGCAGGAGCUGCUUGUCGUGUUAUUGAGCUCAGCUCCGAGAUGCAAAGGGCCGAAGCGCAAUCGACUUUUUUUGUUGGGAAGUUGGAAGAGUUGGACGAAGAAGAACUUCUGGUGAGGAUCAACGAUCUUGGGCCUUUGGCAGCGGCCGCUGAUAUCGUCCACAUUCUUGGGGUGCUGGGCCGCAAUCUUCAGGCAGUGCGGCAAAGAUGGAUGAUGACUGCUUUGGUAUCCCUGCUUGAUGAGGACACCAGCACAAUAGAAAGCCCACAAGAUCGCCAAGGGCUAGAAUCCAUGCUGGGAGUGAUGAUGUCCUACAGGCAGAUCAUCCAUCAGAUGGAUGCCCUUCUUUCCCAAGCCUCUGCCACAGCUGACCGCUUGAUACCACCGGCGGCAGCAGUGGAGAGGGAUGAAGAAGUUCAGGACGAGGAUCCAUCAUUUUCACGAAUCUCUUCGAGCGACAUCGGAGAGGAGAGCUCUCACAGGGAGAGGCCAGAGGAUCCCCAAGAGGCAGACGCCGCGGCCGCCGCGCAGAACGCACAAGAGCUGCGGCGGGUACGUGUCACUACACGCAGAGAGGUUGCUGUCUCCCAAGCAGAAGCUUUACGUCGGCGAGGUCAUGUUUUGCCGGUGGCGGGUGCCAACGUUGCAGCCGUUGCGCCGACGCUGAGUUUGGUCCGAAGGAAUGCUCGAACAAGUGGCACUGAAAGCAGAGACCAGGAGAUUCACCGAAUGCACUGAAGAUCAGUGCCACUUCGGGUGCCUGUGCAUCCAACCAAAGCGUACUUUACACAGAUCAAUCAGAUGACACCAGCUUAUUUGACGUGAACAGUUUAGGAAGUUGCAGGGCAGAUCCUUUAC